ACGCCGACGCCCCGCCCGGCCGCGCUGGACCGUCCGGCACCUGCGAGAGCGCCCGCGCCCGGCCCAGCGCAGCCAGCCCAGACCAUGGCAGCCACCGCCCUGACCAUGCCCGGGAGGAAGGCGGGCCGGGUACCCAGCGCCGCGCAGUCCUUCCUCUAUGCGCCCCGAAGCCCCGGGCCUGGCGGGGGUGGCCCCCCACAGGUGGAGUGGACGGCCAGGCGCCUGGUGUGGGUCCCAUCGGAGCUGCACGGGUUCGAGUCGGCGGCGCUACGUGAGGAGGGCGAUGAGGAGGCCGAGGUGGAGCUGACCGAGAGCGGCCGGCGGGUGCGGCUGCCCCGGGACCAGGUGCAACGCAUGAACCCCCCCAAAUUCAGCAAGGCCGAGGACAUGGCCGAGCUCACCUGCCUCAACGAGGCCUCCGUCCUGCACAACCUCCGCGAGCGCUACUACUCAGGGCUCAUCUACACCUACUCCGGCCUCUUCUGCGUGGUCAUCAACCCCUACAAGCAGCUCCCCAUCUACACGGAGGCCAUCGUGGAAAUGUACCGGGGCAAGAAGCGCCAUGAAGUGCCGCCACACGUGUACGCAGUGACUGAGGGCGCCUACCGUAGCAUGUUGCAGGAUCGAGAGGAUCAGUCCAUUCUCUGCACUGGGGAGUCCGGGGCUGGGAAGACAGAAAACACCAAGAAGGUCAUCCAGUAUCUGGCCCACGUGGCUUCAUCCCCAAAAGGCAGGAAGGAUCCAGGGGUGCCGACGUCCAGCAGCGCCAUGUCUUAUGGGGAGCUGGAGCGGCAGCUGCUUCAGGCCAACCCCAUCCUGGAGGCCUUCGGGAACGCCAAGACGGUGAAGAACGACAACUCGUCCCGCUUCGGCAAGUUCAUCCGCAUCAACUUUGACGUGGCCGGGUACAUCGUGGGCGCCAACAUUGAGACCUACCUGCUGGAGAAGUCUCGGGCCAUCCGCCAGGCCAAGGAUGAGUGCAGCUUCCACAUCUUCUACCAGCUUCUGGGUGGUGCCGGGGAGCAGCUCAAAGCCGACCUGCUCUUGGAGCCCUUCUCCGCCUACCGCUUCCUCACCAACGGGCCCUCGUCCACGCCGGGCCAGGAGCGCGAGCUCUUCCAGGAGACGCUGGAGGCCCUGCGGGUGCUGGGCUUCACCCACGAGGAGAUCACCUCCAUGCUUCGGAUGGUCUCGGCUGUGCUGCAGUUUGGCAACAUCGAGCUGAAGCGAGAGCGGAACACGGACCAAGCCUCUAUGCCGGAUAACACAGCUGCACAGAAGCUCUGCCGCCUCCUGGGACUGGGGGUGACAGAUUUCUCUCGGGCCCUGCUCAUGCCCCGCAUCAAAGUCGGCCGAGAUUAUGUGCAGAAGGCACAGACCAAGGAGCAGGCUGACUUCGCUCUGGAGGCCCUGGCUAAGGCCACGUAUGAGCGGCUGUUCCGCUGGCUGGUUCUGCGGCUCAACCGCGCCCUGGACCGCAGCCCCCGGCAGGGCGCCUCCUUCCUGGGCAUCCUAGACAUCGCCGGAUUCGAGAUCUUCCAGCUAAACUCCUUUGAGCAGCUGUGCAUCAACUACACCAAUGAGAAGCUGCAGCAGCUGUUCAACCACACGAUGUUCGUGCUGGAGCAGGAAGAGUACCAGCGCGAGGGCAUCCCCUGGACCUUCCUGGACUUCGGGCUCGACCUGCAGCCCUGCAUCGACCUCAUCGAGCGCCCGGCCAACCCCCCCGGCCUCCUGGCCCUGCUGGACGAAGAAUGCUGGUUCCCCAAGGCCACGGAUAAGUCCUUUGUGGAGAAAGUGGCCCAGGAGCAAGGCGGCCACCCCAAGUUCCAGCGGCCAAGGCAGCUGCGGGACCAGGCUGACUUCAGCGUACUGCACUACGCUGGCAAGGUGGACUACAAGGCCAACGAGUGGCUGAUGAAAAACAUGGACCCGCUCAACGACAGCGUGGCAGCCCUGCUGCACCAGAGCACGGACCGGCUCACGGCAGAGAUCUGGAAAGAUGAACUCGGGGCCUUCCAGCAUUUCUCCCUCCUGGGCUCCUUCCCACGGGCGGCCCCCUCAGGAUCCGCAGGGGGGUCCUGUUGCUGUGUGUCUGCUGUGGACGGCAUCGUGGGGCUGGAGCAGGUGAGCAGCUUGGGGGACGGGCCACCCGGAGGCCGCCCCCGCCGUGGCAUGUUUCGCACCGUGGGGCAGCUGUACAAGGAGUCCCUGAGCCGCCUCAUGGCCACGCUCAGCAACACCAACCCCAGCUUCGUGCGCUGCAUCGUCCCCAACCACGAGAAGCGGGCUGGGAAGCUGGAGCCACGCCUGGUGCUGGAGCAGCUGCGCUGCAACGGGGUCCUCGAAGGGAUCCGCAUCUGCCGCCAGGGCUUCCCCAACCGCAUCCUCUUCCAGGAGUUCCGGCAGCGGUACGAGAUCCUGACCCCCAAUGCCAUUCCCAAAGGCUUCAUGGACGGGAAGCAGGCCUGCGAGAAGAUGAUCCAGGCCCUGGAGCUGGACCCCAACCUGUACCGCGUGGGGCAGAGCAAGAUCUUCUUUCGGGCCGGGGUGCUGGCGCAGCUGGAGGAGGAGAGGGACCUCAAGGUCACGGACAUCAUCGUGUCCUUCCAGGCUGCCGCCAGGGGCUACCUGGCCCGCAGAGCCUUCCAGAAGCGGCAGCAGCAGCAGAGCGCGCUCAGGGUGAUGCAGCGCAACUGCGCCGCCUACCUCAAGCUGCGCCACUGGCAGUGGUGGCGCCUCUUCACCAAGGUGAAGCCGCUGCUGCAGGUGACGCGGCAGGACGAGGUGCUGCAGGCGCGGGUGCAGGAGCUGCAGAAGGUGCAGGAGCUGCAGCAGCAGAGCGCCCGCGAGGUGGGCGAGCUGCAGAGCCGCCUGGCGCAGGUGGAGGAGGAGCGCAGCCGGCUGGCCGAGCAGCUGCGAGCCGAGGCCGAGCUGUGCGCCGAGGCCGAGGAGACCCGCGGGCGGCUGGCGGCCCGCAAGCAGGAGCUGGAAGCCGUGGUGUCGGAGCUGGAGGCGCGCGUGGGCGAGGAGGAGGAGUGCAGCCGCCAGCUGCAGGGCGAGAAGAAGCGGCUGCAGCAGCAUGUCCAGGAACUGGAGGCCCACCUGGAGGCGGAGGAGGGUGCCCGGCAGAAGCUGCAGCUGGAGAAGGUGACCACUGAGGCGAAGAUGAAGAAAUAUGAGGAGGACCUGCUGCUCCUGGGGGACCAGAACGCCAAGCUGAGCAAGGAGCGGAGGCUGCUGGAGGAGCGACUGUCCGAGUUUUCCUCGCAGGCGGCUGAGGAGGAGGAGAAGAUCAAGAGCCUCAAUAAGCUGCGCCUCAAAUAUGAGGCCACCAUCGCCGACAUGGAGGACCGGCUCCGGAAGGAGGAGAAGGGCCGCCAAGAGCUGGAGAAGCUGAAGCGGAGAAUGGACGGGGAGAGCUCGGAGCUGCAGGAGCAGGUAGCUGAGUUUCAGCAACGCAUGGAGGAGCUGCGGGCCCAGCUGGGCCGGAAGGAGGACGAGCUGCAGGCGGCGCUGGCCAGGGUGGAAGAGGAAGGAGGGGCCAGGGCCCAAAUGCUCAAGUCGCUGCGGGAGGUGCAGGCCGGCCUGGCCGAGACCCAGGAGGACCUGGAGGCCGAGCGCGCAGCCAGGGCCAAGGCGGAGAAGCAGCGCCGGGACCUGGGCGAGGAGCUGGAGGCGCUGCGGGGGGAGCUGGAGGACACGCUGGACUCGACCAACGCUCAGCAGGAGCUCCGGUCUAAGAGGGAGCAAGAGGUGACAGAACUGAAGAAGACUCUGGAGGAGGAGACGCGCAUUCACGAGGUGACGGUGCAGGAAUUGAGGCAGCGGCACGGCCAGGCAGUUGGGGAACUCACGGAGCAGCUGGAGCAAGCUCGGAGGGGCAGAGCCGCGUGGGAGAAGACCCGUGGGGCACUGGAGGCCGAGGUGGCCGAGCUGCGGGCGGAGCUGGGCACGCUACACACAGCCCGGCAGGAAGCGGAGCAGAAACGCCGGCGCCUCGAGUCACAGCUGCAGGACGCACAGGGACGCGCGGGUGAUGUGGAGCGGGGCCGUGGGGAGGCCGUGGAGAAGCUGCAGCGUGUCCAGGCGGAGCUGGAGUCCAUGACAGGGGCUCUGAGCGAGGCGGAGUCCAAGGCCAUCCGGCUGAGCAAGGAGCUGACCAGCGCUGGGGCCCAGUUGCGGGACAGCCAGGAGAUGCUAGACGAGGAGACCCGCCUGAAGCACGCAGCCGAGGCCCGGGCUCGGGCUCUGAGUGCGGAGGCCACAGGGCUACGAGAGCAGCUGGAGGAGGAAGCAGCGGCUCGGGAGCGUGCGGAGCGGGAGCUGCAGACGGCUCAGGCCCAGCUGUCUGAGUGGCGGCGGCGCCAGGAGGAGGAGACGAGCGCACUGGAAGCUGGCGAGGAGGCCCGGCGCCGGGCAGCCCGCGAAGCCGAGACCUUGGCCCAGCGCCUGACCGAGAAGACGGAGGUGGCCGAGCGGCUGGAGCGGGGCCGGCGGCGGCUGCAGCAGGAGCUGGACGACGCCACGGUGGACCUGGAGCAGCAGCGUCAGCUCGUGGCCUCCCUGGAGAAGAAGCAGCGCAAGUUCGACCAGCUGCUGGCGGAGGAGAAGGCGGCGGCGCUGCGGGCGCUGGAGGAGCGGGAGCGCGUGGAGGCCGAGGGCCGCGAGCGCGAGGCCCGGGCGCUGUCGCUGGCGCGAGCACUGGAGGAGGAGCAGGAGGCGCGGGAGGAGCUGGAGCGGCAGAACCGGACGCUGCGGGCCGAGCUGGAGGCGCUGCUGAGCAGCAAGGACGACGUGGGCAAGAGCGUGCACGAGCUGGAGCGCGCGCGCCGGGUGGCCGAGCAGGCGGCGGGCGAGCUGCGGACGCAGGUGACGGAGCUGGAGGACGAGCUGGCGGCGGCCGAGGACGCCAAGCUGCGCCUGGAGGUGACGGUGCAGGCGCUCAAGGCGCAGCACGAGCGGGACCUGCAGGGCCGCGACGAGGCGGGCGAGGAGCGACGGCGCCAGCUGGCCAAGCAGCUCCGGGACGCCGAGGUGGAGCGCGAUGAGGAGCGCAAGCAGCGCGCCCUGGCCCUGGCGGCGCGCAAGAAGCUGGAGUCGGAGCUGGAGGAGCUGAAGGCGCAGAUGGACUCGGCCGGGCAGGGCAAGGAGGAGGCCGUCAAGCAGCUCCGCAAGAUGCAGGCCCAGAUGAAGGAGCUGUGGCGGGAGGUGGAGGAGACGCGCACGUCCCGCGAGGAGAUCUUCGCCCUCAACAAGGACGGCGAGAAGCGCCUCAAAGGGCUGGAAGCCGAGGUGCUGCGGCUGCAGGAGGAACUGGCCGCCUCGGACCGUGCCCGGCGCCAGGCCCUGCAGGAGCGGGACGAGAUCGCAGACGAGGUGGCCAACGGCAGCCUGAGCAGGGCAGCCCUCCUGGAGGAGAAGCGCCAGCUGGAGGGGCGCCUGGCACAGAUGGAGGAGGAGCUGGAGGAGGAGCAGAGCAACGCCGAGCUGCUGGGCGACAGAUACCGCAAGCUGCUCCUGCAGGUGGAGUCCCUGACCUCAGAGCUGUCAGCCGAGCGCAGCUUCUCGGCCAAGGCGGAGAGCGGGCGUCAGCAGCUGGAGCGACAGAUGCAAGAGCUCCGAGAGCGCCUGGGUGAAGAGGACGCGGGAGCCAAGGCCCGCCAGAAGAUGACCAUCGCCUCGCUGGAGUCCAAGCUGGCACAGGCCGAGGAGCAGCUGGAGCAGGAGACCAGGGAGCGCAUCCUCUCCGGGAAGCUGGUCCGCAGGGCUGAGAAACGGCUGAAGGAGGUGGUGCUCCAGGUGGAGGAGGAGCGGAGGGCGGCCGACCAGCUCCGUGACCAGUUGGAGAAGGGGAACCUGCGGAUGAAGCAGCUGAAGAGGCAGGUGGAAGAGGCCGAGGAAGAGGCGUCCCGGGCCCAGGCGGGCCGAAGGCGGCUGCAGCGGGAGCUGGAAGACAUCACAGAGUCCAACGAGUCCAUGAACCGAGAGGUGGUCACGCUCAGAAACCGGCUCCGCCGCGGACCUCUCACCUUCACCACCCGCACAGUGCGUGAAGUCUUCCACUUGGAGGAGGGCGUAGCAUCGGACGAGGAGGUCGACGAGGCGAAUCCGGGGGCCUCACCAGUAGCCCCAGAGCCUGAGGGACCCCCCGCCGCCCAGCCCCAGUGACCGUACCCCCUGCUUGGGCCCCAUUCGGAGGUGCAGAGGCCUGUUCUACGCAUCUGCCCUUUUGGACUUCGGAAACGGGGCCAGGCCAACACCACUGCACUUAUCACCCUACAGGGCGGCUGGGCCCCCCAAGACUCCUUGUGCCCCCCUCGACACAGAGGAAGGGCCAGUCACGAAGCAAGGCCUGGGUUUCAUUAUCUCCCCCUCUCGGGAGGCAGUGUGGGUGUGGUGAUAAGUUGAGGUUCCCCUUCUGGCUCCCUUUCCGUGGUGAAUGAAUACGGUUCUUAUUAGGGUGCACAGAUUCCCUGUACCCCCAAACAGGGCUUCCCGUGCCCCUUCCCCCUCGCUUCACCUCUGGGUAUCUCUAACCCCCAAAAUUCUGAGCAGCCACUGUCUGCACCCCCAAAGCUCUGCCAUCUUUUGCAGAGGAGUAAAUUAAAGGGGGGGUCUCCCCUCAGACCCUUCUCUCCAGGGACCCCGUCUGGCUCUGGCAAAAAUAAACUUCAGUUCCAGACCUUC